CCCCCCCGCACCGCACACGCCAUCGUCGUCGUCACCAAACAAGAAGGAAGAAGAGCGACGCGGCAGCCUAUUCCGUCUUCCGCCGGCCGGUUCCGCGGAACACGCCUUCAGGUCUCCUUCCGCUCGAGCACGCCACCUCGGAUCCUCCUCCCCGCUCACGUGCGCGAGCGACACCGCGCCCUCCCUCCUCCACCGGCCACCUCCUCCCCCCACCUCUCCACCCAACGGCGGCGUCGAGUGGGGAUCCCUCGGGACUGGUCGAUUUAACUCCUAUGUAUCUUCAUGUAGAAUCAAGGUGGAAAACACAGGUAGAUCAGUGACUGUAGUUGUUUUGUUUGGUGUGUACAUACGAUUGCUUUUCAGUGCCUGAUGAUUGCUUAGAAAGAGUAAAGUGUUUUUUACUCUUGUAACUGUACUAUCAGAACCUUCAAUGAUCAGUAAUAUGCCUUUGUGAAUGUGCCCAUUGCGUCGCCUAGCUACAGUAGAAACACUGCAUCAGUGAUUAUUUGUUCAUUACCAUCUCGUAGUACAUGAAUGCAGAACUUUCUGCUAGUCUUCUGUAGACAUUUAUCCAGAAACAUUGAUAAAUUCUAUCAACUGAAAGGAUUUAUUGGUUAGGUCAGCUUUUUCAUCGAUGUAUCCAUCAAAGCAUUCAAUAGUGUGUAGUUGGUCUAUUGUUACCUUUACUAAACCAAACAGACUUUGAUACUGAAAAGAGCAAACUCUUAUGCUUAAUUCUUGCAUUUCUUUUGUUGGAGAAGAGAGAUGCACACCUACCAACCUCUGGUUGUUUGAAGAAUAACCCAUAAUCAUUGGAGAAAUUAUGGUAAAGGUAUUGGGGAUUAUAGCGGAGAUACCAGAGAAAUAUAGGCUUCUACUGGUGUAUAAUGCAUUUUCAACAUUUCUGUUUCCCAUGCAUAUGUCUUAAAUCCUAUAGGAGAGACUAUAUGGAAUGAAAGAAUUGUUCGAUAUUUUAUGCUGUUGCUUACUGAAGAUUUUGCAGUAUCUUUAAUGCAAAUGGCAAAAUCAUUCUAAUAUGAUGUAUUGUUUGUUGUUAUGCUUUAGAAAUUUUAAAGAAUUUUCCUUUUCUUUAUAGGGAAGAAUCAGCAUGCUCUACAGAGAAGUGUUGCAGAAGACUAAAAGGAGUUUGGGAAGAUUACAGAACUACCAAAAAAGAUUUUCCCCUCAGCUUCUGAAUCCUUCAAUCCUCUAGCCUGCUGAAGAACAAAGCCAGGAAUUUUGACUAAAGACGACAAUCACAACACAUUAGCCCUCAUUACCUCUUCCAACAGUAUGGCACUGAAAAAUGUGAUCCCUUUCAUUUUAAUGCUGACCCAUGUGAGCAGUUGUUUGGCUCGAUCAGGGAACAUGUUCUCUCCUGGCUUUGUUUCCGCGUCGAAGUCAUUACCAAGCUGGCCGAUUUUGAGUGCAGGAACAUCUGUAACUGUUGCUCUGGUUCUAUCAUUGUUUCUAACCUUUGAGCAUCUAUGUGCAUACCAUCAACCUGAGGAGCAAAAAUUCAUGAUUGGUCUUAUUCUGAUGGUUCCAGUGUAUGCUGUUCAAUCAUUCUUCUCAUUACUGAAUUCGAAUGUUGCAUUCAUCUGUGAACUGAUGCGGGACUGUUACGAGGCAUUUGCCAUGUAUUGCUUCGAGAGAUAUUUGAUAGCAUGCUUAGGUGGGGAGGAAAGUACCAUUAGGUUUAUGGAGGGUCGGCUUCAAAUCAGUGAGAGUUCGCCUCUGCUAGAUGUUGAUUAUGAUUAUGGCAUUGUGAAGCAUCCUUUCCCAUUGAACUGCUUUAUGAGAAAUUGGUACCUUGGUCCUGACUUCUACCAUGCUGUGAAGAUCGGCAUCGUUCAAUAUAUGAUCCUUAAGCCUAUUUGUGCUGUCUUGGCAAUAUUCAUGGAACUUCUGGGAAUCUAUGGAGAAGGAAAGUUUGCAUGGAAAUAUGGAUAUCCAUAUUUGGCUGUUGUACUAAAUUUCAGCCAGACAUGGGCAUUAUAUUGCCUUAUACAGUUCUAUACUGCUACCAAGGAGAAGCUGGAACCUAUCAAGCCCCUGUCUAAGUUUCUUACUUUCAAAUCUAUUGUAUUUUUGACCUGGUGGCAAGGUGUUGCUGUUGCAUUCCUUUUCUCAACUGGGAUUUUUAAAGGACAUUUGGCACAAAGACUGCAAACACGUAUCCAGGACUACAUUAUAUGCCUUGAGAUGGGGGUUGCGGCCGUGGUUCAUCUAAAAGUAUUUCCAGCUAGACCUUACAGACUUGGGGAAAGAAGUGUUCCAAAUGUUGCUGUCAUGUCUGAUUAUGCCUCUCUGGGAGCUCCAGAUCCUGAAGAAGUCGGAGGAGGGAUUGACAGCUUAACAGUCUUGCAAAUGCCUGGUACUAAAGACAGGCGGUUGAGUUUUCCUCAGAGUGUUCGUGAUGUUGUGUUGGGGAGCGGUGAAAUCAUGGUUGAUGAUGUCAAAUAUACAGUUUCCCAUGUCGUGGAGCCUAUGGAGCGGAGUUUUACAAAGAUUAACAAGACAAUUCAUCAAAUCUCUGAAAAUGUCAAGCAGCUUGAGAAGCAAAAGAAGAAGGCAAAGGAUGACAGUCAUCUUAUUCCCCUAGAACCAUGGUCAGAGGAAUUUUCAGAAGCUCAUGAUCAUGUUGUGGGUGGUAGUGUUAGUGACAGCGGAUUAGCUAAGACAAGGUACAACAGGAACUCUAAUAGGCCCCGGAGGUCAUUUGAGUCCAGAUUGCGCGGAUGGUUCUAGCAACCAGUGUUGGUGGGCUAAUUGAUUUUAAUUUUGACCAACUGAGGGGUUAGUUAACCUUUAACCCCAGUGGGUUAUACAUCAUAGGACAGUGAGGAAAAAUAACAUCAAAUCUGACCACUAGUAGUUAGCAGGAGGUGGCUUCAGGCUUUCUGUUACCGCCCCUAGCUACUUCCUCUUGUUUAUAGCUGACCGUGGCUCUUUCCCUUUCAGGAGACAGUAGUUACAUGAGGUUUUGAUGUGAGCAUCCUUGUUUAGACCUUACCUUCAGUACAGGCAAAUAGGCAAAUUCUGAUGUAACAUCUGCACCCUUUGCUUCCCCAGAGUUGGAAUUAACAUGUAUUAAGGGGAGGGAUUUAUAAUAGUCCAAAUCGGUAAAGAGGAAUCAAGUACUUUUUGUUCCAAAUGUAGACGCUUUAUGUUUAUUAAAGCUCGUGCAUGAUUUAAGAGAACCACAAUAUGUUGGAGAUGGCUUGGUUU